AUGAUUGGCUGUGGCGGUUGUAAGCCCGGAGUAAAGAUGGCGGGCGGGCCGGUGGCCGCCGCACUGCCCACUUGGAAGAUGGCGGCGCGCCGCAGCCCCAGUGCCCACGGCCGGGAGGUCCUGCGGGUGGUGGCGGGGCUGCUGCUGCUGCUGAGCUGCUGCUGCGGCGGGGGCAGCUGCGCGGGGGCUGGCGAGGCGGAGGAGACGGUGAUCAUCGGGUUGAGGCUGGAAGACACGAACGACGUGUCGUUUAUGGAAGGGGGGGCGCUGCGGGUGAGCGAGCGGACCCGGGUCAAGUUGCGGGUCUACGGGCAGAACAUCAACAACGAGACCUGGUCUCGCAUCGCUUUCACUGAGCACGAGCGGCGGCGGCAGGGUCACGGGGAGAGGGGGGCCGGGGGCCCCCUGCAGCCGGAGCCGGAGAGCGGCCCCCAGCGCUGCGGCAUCCGCACCUCGGACAUCAUCAUCCUGCCCCACAUCGUCCUCAACCGCCGCACGUCGGGCAUCAUCGAGAUCGAAAUCAAGCCUCUGCGUAAGACGGAGAAGAGCAAAUCCUACUACCUGUGCACGUCGCUCUCCACCCCGCCCGUGGCGGCCGGCGGCCCCGGCUCGGCGGGCAGCCCCGUGGGGGGCAAAGGCGGCCGCAGCGUGGCGGGGCUCCCUCCGCCCCCGUGGGCAGAGACCACCUGGAUCUACCACGAUGGCGAGGACACGAAGAUGAUCGUGGGGGAGGAGAAGAAGUUCUUGUUACCUUUCUGGCUGCAGGUGAUCUUCAUCUCGCUGUUGCUCUGCCUCUCGGGCAUGUUCAGCGGCCUCAACCUGGGACUGAUGGCGCUGGACCCCAUGGAGCUGCGCAUCGUGCAGAACUGCGGCACCGAGAAGGAGAAGAAUUACGCCAAGCGCAUCGAGCCGGUGCGCAGGCAGGGCAACUACCUGCUGUGCUCCCUGCUGCUGGGCAACGUGCUGGUCAACACUACCCUCACCAUCCUGCUGGACGACAUCGCGGGCUCCGGCCUGGUGGCCGUGGUGGUUUCCACCAUUGGCAUAGUCAUCUUUGGGGAGAUAGUGCCCCAGGCCAUAUGUUCCCGGCACGGCCUGGCAGUGGGCGCCAACACCAUCUUCCUCACCAAGUUUUUCAUGAUGAUGACCUUUCCCGCCUCCUACCCGGUCAGCAAGCUGCUGGACUGCGUCCUGGGCCAGGAGAUCGGCACAGUCUACAACCGCGAGAAGCUGCUGGAGAUGCUUCGCGUCACCGACCCCUACAACGACCUCGUCAAGGAGGAGCUCAACAUCAUCCAAGGGGCGCUGGAGCUCCGCACCAAGACGGUGGAGGACGUGAUGACUCCGCUGCGGGACUGCUUCAUGAUCACUGGAGAGGCGAUCCUGGAUUUCAACACGAUGUCAGAGAUCAUGGAGAGCGGCUACACUCGAAUCCCGGUCUUCGAAGGGGAGCGCUCCAACAUCGUGGACCUCCUCUUCGUUAAGGACUUGGCGUUCGUUGAUCCCGAUGACUCCACUCCCUUGAAAACCAUCACGAAGUUUUACAAUCACCCUUUGCAUUUUGUUUUCAAUGACACCAAGCUGGACGCCAUGCUGGAAGAGUUUAAGAAAGGUAAAUCUCACCUGGCCAUAGUGCAGCGGGUAAACAAUGAGGGAGAAGGGGACCCAUUCUAUGAAGUGCUGGGAAUUGUCACUUUGGAAGAUGUGAUUGAAGAAAUCAUCAAGUCGGAGAUCCUAGAUGAAACCGAUUUGUACACUGAUAAUAGGACUAAAAAGAAAGUGGCCCAUCGGGAAAGGAAGCAAGAUUUCUCUGCCUUCAAGCAGACAGACAGUGAGAUGAAGGUUAAAAUAUCACCACAGCUGCUCCUGGCAAUGCACCGUUUCCUAGCAACAGAAGUAGAAGCAUUUAGCCCGUCCCAGAUGUCAGAGAAGAUCCUUCUAAGGCUGCUAAAACAUCCCAAUGUCAUCCAGGAGCUGAAGUACGAUGAGAAGAACAAGAAAGCCCCAGAAUACUACCUCUACCAGCGAAACAAACCUGUAGACUACUUCGUUCUCAUUUUGCAGGGGAAAGUGGAAGUUGAAGCCGGGAAAGAAGGGAUGAAGUUUGAAGCGAGCGCUUUUUCCUACUACGGCGUGAUGGCGCUCACGGCGGCUCCAGUUCCUUUGUCCCUGUCUCGUACCUUUGUUGUCAACAGAACAGAGUUGUUAGCAGCAGGUUCUCCAGCUGAAAACAAGUCACCUCCUCGUCCAUGUGGCUUGAAUCAUUCUGAUUCUCUCAAUCGAAGUGACCGGAUUGAUGCAGUGACCCCAACACUAGGGAAUAGCAACAACCAGCUUAAUUCAUCUUUCCUUCAAGUGUAUGUCCCUGAUUACUCAGUGAGAGCCCUCUCAGACAUUCAGUUUGUGAAGAUCACAAGACAGCAGUACCAAAAUGCCUUGAUGGCAUCCCGGAUGGACAAAACUCCUCAGUCUUCAGACAGCGAAAACACUAAAAUUGAACUGACUCUUACAGAGCUGCAUGAUGGGUUGCCAGAUGAAACGGCUAACCUGCUCAAUGAACAGAAUUGUGUGACUCACAGUAAAGCCAAUCACAGUCUGCACAGUGAAGGCGCCAUCUAGGACUUCUGCCCUGGAUUGUCAUGGUCUGAAGCAGUGUCCUGCCACGUCGCUGCUCUCCUCGGUCUCCUCAGCAGGACCCCCUUUGGCCCUGUCCCCUGCCUUGUCCCCUUCUGACUGCAGCUACCAUUAGUAUGUGCUCAUACGCCAUGCUGCCUCCUGCACCAUUCUGAGACCAAAGACUUUGUGGCCUUCCUGGGAAAUGCAGAGGAAGCAACGCAAGGCAUGGCACAGGAGGCAAGGACACCGAGCCACCUGCCCAGAAACAGUGAGCCGGAUUCCAGACAUGUGCUUCCUCCUGCUCCGAUAGAAUCACGUUUAUUUCUCCGGCCAGACCUUUUAUCCUGGUUCAUUUGCCUCCUUCUUAGAUAAGCAUGAAGAAGUUUAA